AUUCAAGGUAGCACAAAGGAGGAUGCUGCCUAAAAAGACAUGAAAUCAGCAUUGUAAGAACUUGGAAUUUCAUUCAUUGCAGGUUUAAGAAUUCUCAUUUAUACUGUGCUUGGCAAGAAAACACAGCAAUGGAAAAUACAAGUUUGUCGCCGAGUUUGACCACCGCCAUAGACUACUACUAUGAAGAUUACAAUAACAGCGAGGGUUUAGUUUUUUUCUGCGACAAAAGUGAUGUCAACAAGUUUGGAGCUAAGAUCAUUCCAGUCUUCUACUACUUUAUUUUCCUGUUGAGCCUGCUGGAGAAUGGAUUGGUUUUGCAUAUCAUCAUUAAAUAUGAGAAAUUGAAAACUGUGACCAACAUAUUCCUUCUGAAUCUAGUCAUCUCAGAUUUGGUGUUUGCGUUUUGUCUUCCUUUCUGGGCCAGUUAUCACUCUUCUGAGUGGAUCUUUGGCAGUGUAAUGUGUAAAAUAGUGGGAAGUGUUUACUUCAUUGGUUUCUACAGUUCAAUUUUGUUCUUGACUCUCAUGACUUUUGAUAGAUAUCUAGCUGUGGUCCAUGCUAUAGCAGCUGCCAAAAGAAGAAGGACUUUGUACGCUAUAAUUUCAAGCAUAGCAGUGUGGUGUGUUAGUCUUGGAGCAGCUCUGAAAGAGUUUAUACUCUAUGACAUCCGGAAAAACAACAAUUAUGGAACCCUCUGCGAAGAGACUGGUUAUUCCCAAGAGAUUAUGACUAAAUGGCAGCUUGUGGGGUACUAUCAACAAUUUGUUCUCUUUUUUCUACUUCCCCUGACUGUGGUCCUGUAUUGUUAUACCCGAAUUGUCAUUAGAGUGGUUCAAACUAAAAUGAAAGAGAAAUGCAGAGCUGUAAAACUAAUUUUCAUAAUAAUAGUGGCAUUUUUCUUGUGCUGGACACCUUAUAAUAUAGUCAUAUUGUUAAAAGCCCAAGAAAUCUCUUUAAACAGAGAUUCUGAUCCAUGCAACAUUGAACUUGACUAUGCAAUGUACAUCACACGUAAUAUAGCCUAUUUGUAUUGCUGUAUAAACCCACUGUUUUACACAUUUGUGGGCAAAAAGUUCCAAACACAUUUUAGAAAUGUCCUAGCAAAAUGGAUUCCUUGCUUUAGGACUCAGUUAAUAACAAGCCAGAGUAGCAAAACAACAGAUCAUCGAAGUCCUCCAACCAUCUAUGAAUAAAUGUUAGGAUGGAGUUACUGUACUUCAGAAUGAUUUCUAUCUUGGGUUAAUACAUCUUAAAGGGUUUCUAGUGACACCUAUUGUUGAAAUAUGUAAAAAAAUAAAAGUAUUUGUUGUCUUUCUAAACAUUUUUAAAAUUUCCAUUAAAUUGAUAUUAUUGAAUGUAACAAGUUAAAAAGUCAAGGUUUCUUUUUGUUUAUCUCUUACAGUAUAUAUGAUUAGCGAUUAUUCAUUAACUAUUAGCCAUAGUCAGAUAAGAUUAAAUAAUUGUUAUUAAUGCACAAAUCCCCCAAAAAUCUCAUCUAUCUGUACAACAUUUAUUUGCUAAUAAAAUAUGCUGCUUAAAAUCAGGACUGGAUGAAGAAAGUGUGCUUAAGUGCAUUUUCUACAAAAAUGUUCUAUGUAAACUCAAUAAGCUUUACAGUACAAUGUAAAUAAAUACAGUACAUUUUCUGUUGCUUUCAUGUUAUCGUUAAUACAAAUCUGCAUCAUCAAUGUGUUGGUGUAAUGUCAUUAAUAAAUGGCUGUAAAUAUGGCUGUAAAUAAAUAAUGGAAUAAUGUAUUUUCUUUGAUUCUCACAUGUUGGCUUCUGUUUGUU